UUCUGGGCCCCGGCCACCCGGCGGUUCGCAGCGGGGCAGGCGGAGCUGCGGGAAGGGCACGCUAGGGGAGAGGAGGACGCGAGGCGCUGUGGCAGGAGAAAGUGACGAGUGCCCUUCGUUGUCAUCCAGGGAGGAGCACGCGGCCACUGCCCCACUCGGCCGCCCACGACCACUCGUCCGCAGAGAUGUCAGCCGCUGGCGUCCGGGGCCUUCGGGCCACCUACCACCGGGUCCUCGAUAAAGUGGAGCUCAUGCUGCCGGAGAAAUUGAGGCCGAUUUACAACCACCCAGCAGGUCCCAAAACAGUUUUUUUCUGGGCUCCAAUUAUGAAAUGGGGCCUCGUGUGUGCUGGGCUGGCUGACAUGGCCAGACCUGCAGAGAAACUCAGCACAGCUCAGUCUGCUGUUCUCAUGGCUACAGGGUUUAUUUGGUCAAGAUACUCACUUGUAAUUAUUCCAAAAAACUGGAGUCUGUUUGCUGUUAAUUUCUUCGUGGGGGCAGCAGGGGCCUCUCAGCUCUUUCGUAUUUGGAGAUAUAACCAAGAACUAAAAGCUAAAGCAAACAACUAAGAGUUCCUGACCACCCGAACAAUCUAGAUGUGGGCAUAUAACCACUGGGACUAAUUUGAUUUAUUAUUUGGUUAUUGAUGAGGUGAUAUUAACUGUGCUAAUGUUUGGAAGCCAUAAAAAAAAAAAAAAGACUGUAAACUGGGGGCUAAUACUCAAUUUCACAGAAAAAUAAAACAAACUUUUAAUAACAGUGUUUCUUUGUAUAUGACUUAAGGAAUGUAUCUAUGGCUAUUAGUAACAUUUUUUUUCUACUCUCUGCCGCAAAUAAAUCAUACUUGCUCCU